GAUCCCCGCCGGCCUCGGGAGAGCUCCGCUGAGCUGAGCCGACCCUGCACUCUGCUGCCCACUAGGCUCCUGGCACAUUCCUUCACCAGCGUCUGCAUCCACCCAAUCCUUGCUGGGCAGUGCUCUGGGACUGGAGAAUACAAUAAACUUCACAGGGCAAACCAGAAGAACAAGAUGGAAAAUAUGUUAUUUUGGUUGAUAAUGUUCAUCUCUGGAUGGACCCUCUCGGAUGGGUCUGAAACAGAAUCAGAUUUUUCCUGGCACCUGAGCAGAAUACCCCGCGUUGUGAGCGAGAGAACUGUCCAUCUCGCCAGCCCCGCAUUCCAGGCAGAUGCUGGGGUGAAGGUGACCACAGUGUGUGGCAUCGAAUGUCAGGAAGAGCUCCCGCCUCCCAGCCUUUCCCAGCUUGAAGACUCCCUUUCCUAUGAGACGGUCUUUGAGAACGGCACCCGGACCUUAACAAGAGUGAAAGUUCAAGAUCUGGUCCCAGAGCCCACUCGAAACAGCAGCAUAAAAGGAUCACACCGUAGGAGAAGGAGGCAGGUGUACGGUACGGACAGCAGGUUCAGCAUCUUGGACAAAAGGUUUUUGACCAAUUUCCCUUUUAAUACAGCGGUGAAGCUGUCCACUGGCUGCAGCGGCGCCUUCGUCUCCCCCAAGCACGUGCUCACGGCUGCCCACUGUGUCCACGACGGGAAGGACUAUAUCAAAGGCAGUAAAAAGCUCAGGGUGGGAGUGCUGAAGAUGAGAAACAAAGGAGGACGCAAGAAACGCAGAGGCUCCAAGAGGGGCCGGAGAGAAGCAGAGCAUGGUGGCCAGAGUCACAGUGAUCAGGAGCAUCCUCAGGAGAGUGGCACCCAAAGACAGGGAAAAGGGUCCCGGCGAGGUCCCAAGGUCACCCAAGGGAGACCCUCCUUCCAGUGGACCCGCGUCAAGAGCACCCACAUCCCCAAAGGCUGGGCGAGAGGAGAGAGUGGGGACCCGGAUUUGGACUACGACUAUGCGCUCCUGGAACUGAAGCGAGCACACAAACAGCAGCAUAUGGAGCUAGGAGUGAGCCCCACCAUCAGCAAGCUGCCAGGAGGCCGGAUUCACUUCUCCGGGUUUGACGACGACAGGGAGGACCAGUUGGUGUAUCGUUUUUGCAGCGUUUCUGAGGAAUCCAAUGACCUCCUCUACCAGUACUGCGAUGCUGAGGCAGGCUCCACGGGCUCUGGGAUCUACCUGAGGCUCAAAGAGCCAGGCAAAAAAACCUGGAAGCGCAAGAUCAUCGCGGUCUACUCGGGCCACCAGUGGGUGGAUGCGCACGGGGUUCAGAAGGACUUUAACGUGGCCGUGCGCAUCACUCCGCUCAAGUACGCCCAGAUUUGCCUCUGGAUCCACGGAAAUGCAGCCAACUGUACUUAUGGCUGAGGAAAACACGGAGUUCGUGCAUAUCCUGAAUCCCAGAGAAAGCCAGCUUUCCUUCAGAGAGCUCUCAUAGGGUAUGCUUGGACGUGUGCCAGCGUUUUUACAGACUUCCUUUAUCAAAAUUAGGGUUUCUUUCUCACAGCUAGAAUGUUUAGGUACAGAUAACGAAACUAGAUGACACUUCAGCGGCAAAUAUAUACUCUUCAUGUGGUGGUAAAAGUUUCGUCUGCGGAGAAACCAUUUGUUUACUUGGGCCUUUUUUGAAAGUAGACACUCUUUAAAAUGUCAGGCCAGAACUGUAAUAUGACUUCUCAAUAGGCUUGCUCUUAGAGGCCUACUCUAAGAAGAGCCAACUGGAAUAUGAAGAUUCAUAGUAACACGAUUAGAAUCAGAGGUGACAAGGUUUGGUUUGCAGUACUCUGAGGUGGAGUACUCUGUUGCUCCCUUAAUGUAUGUGUUUUUUCUUGGUACUGAGAAACUUAUUUUAAGAACUACAGAUAAAAACA